UUUGGCCCACCCUGAUCCCUAGAGACAGGUGCAGGACUGCAAUCGGAGCCACGGACUAAGAAGAGCCAUUUCUCACCGGAGGUGCGCACAGAAAGGACGUUCUGGCUGCUCGGUCCAUGUAGCGGGGAGAACGAGAACAAUGAGGUUGAGGAGCGACUCCGUUGGCCUACCGGAUGUGUGAAGGCGAGACCAGUCUUUGAAGGUGGAGUUGCGCAAGAACCGAACCUGAUCGUUAUCCCGAUACGUCAAGGAGUUUCACAUCCGUCGGGUGUGAAACUCCGCUCCCGUCAAGUUUGGACGCCUCCAGGCGAAGUCAAACGCAAACUCGGAUGUCGGUGCUGCAAAGAUUAGCAGGCAGGCUUUUCCACCACGCCGGUCCCUGUCUCGGUGAUCUGGACGCUGGCGAGGGCAAUCGACACCGCUCCCGGGAUGACCCGCAAGCCUUCGUCUCUAGUGAGUGGCUCGGUUUAGAGAGCAUGCUUGUAGAGGUGGAGUCCGACGCUCUGCCGAGGCGACUCGCGAUCGGGUGGGACGGCGGGAGGAGGAGCCGAACAAGAGUGAAGGAGUUUCUCGCCAAAGCCAAAGAAGAUUUCCUUAAGAAAUGGGAGAAUCCGGCACAGAACACCGCGUCUCUGGACCAGUUUGAGAGGCUGAAGACGCUGGGCACGGGCUCCUUCGGUCGAGUCAUGCUGGUCAAGCACAAAGAAUCGGGACAGCACUUCGCCAUGAAGAUCCUCGACAAACAGAAGGUGGUCAAGCUGAAACAGAUAGAACACACACUGAACGAGAAACGCAUCCUGCAGGCUGUUAGCUUCCCCUUCCUCGUCCGGCUGGAGCACUCCUUCAAGGACAACACUAACCUGUAUAUGGUGAUGGAGUAUGUUCCAGGAGGGGAGAUGUUCUCUCAUCUGAGGAGAAUCGGCAGGUUCAGUGAGCCUCACGCUCGCUUUUACGCCGCGCAGAUAGUCCUGACGUUUGAAUACCUUCACUCGCUCGACCUCAUUUACCGAGAUCUUAAGCCUGAGAACCUGCUCAUCGAUCAGCAGGGCUAUAUACAGGUUACAGAUUUUGGCUUUGCCAAGCGUGUAAAGGGCCGGACCUGGACACUGUGCGGAACUCCAGAGUACCUGGCUCCAGAAAUUAUCCUCAGUAAAGGCUACAAUAAAGCGGUGGACUGGUGGGCUCUGGGCGUGCUGAUUUACGAGAUGGCUGCCGGAUAUCCCCCGUUCUUCGCUGACCAGCCCAUUCAGAUCUACGAGAAGAUCGUCUCAGGCAAGGUGCGCUUCCCCUCCCACUUCAGCUCAGACCUGAAGGACCUGCUGAGGAACCUGCUCCAGGUGGACCUGACCAAGCGCUUCGGCAACCUCAAGAACGGCGUCAACGACAUCAAGGGUCACAAGUGGUUCGCCACCACCGACUGGAUCGCCAUCUAUCAGAGGAAGGUCGAGGCCCCCUUCAUCCCGAAGUGCAAAGGUCCGGGCGACACCAGCAACUUCGACGACUACGAGGAAGAGGAAAUCCGGGUGUCCUUCUCGGAAAAAUGCGCAAAGGAGUUUGCAGAGUUCUAGAUCCAGCCUGGAGAGGCGGAGGGAGAGAGCGACGGAGCGAUGUGGAGGGCGGGGCAGCAGAGAGAGAGAUGAAGAUAAAGAUAGAGUGAAUGAGAGAGAGAGAGAGAGAGAUGAUGAUGAUGAUGAUGAUGGACUGGACUUGAGUCUGUAUUCAGUAAACAACAAGAACAACACCAAUGUAGAGCCCCCCUUCUUCUGUAUACACACACACACACACACACACACACACACACACACACACACACUAUUAUACACACACACACACAAAAGAGAGAGGAGGAGGCGGGGUUUAAAAAAAAUGUCCCAAGAAAGUCAGCAGUGUUGCCUUUCGAGAUCGUUCAUCACUUAUUGUUCUUCUUAGUUAUAAUUAUUAUAUUUGUCCAUUUUCAUCUCCUUUCAGAGUCGUAAUGAGGGUCAUCUGGGUCGAGGGGUGGUCGGUUCUUUGUGUUUCUCUCUCUCUCUCUCUCUCUCUCUCUCUCUCUCUCUCACACACACACACACACACACACACACACACACACACACACACACACACACACACACACACACACACACACACAGAGCUUCAUCCCUGGUACUGAAUCAAAGUGCGUCCAUCAUAGCAGUUUUUUUUGUUUGUUUUUUUUUUUUUUACACGUCUCUUUCUUUCUUUCACACAUACACACACACACACACACACUCUGCUCUGUUGUCUUGCUUCCCUGUUUUGAAUUUUUUUUUAAUUUUAUUUUUAUUUACCCUUUUGCAUCUUCCCAUCCCAAAUCUGUCCGAGCAACGCCGAGACGGCGAGCAGGUGUUUUGCUGGAGUUGAAGGGAGCCAUUUUUUUCCCCCUCCCCAUAGUGUGGAAAUCGUCACAGAAUCCUCGUUCUUGUUCUCCGAGCCGGGUUCAGGAAGUGUCCUCCUGCUUGCCCGGCCCUCAUUUACAUCUAAUACGUCUUAACCCCAAGUGAGGGGUGAAUACGCCCUAGGGUACCACCUGGUUGGUCAGAGUCAGCUGUUUGGAGUCAUUACUGAGUAGUUAUUAGUGAUGAAAGUCCUCUGGAUAACCAAGAAGUUGUCACUGGUUUCGAGCUAUAACGAGUAACGUCUUGAAGGAUUCGUCCUUUUUUUUUUUUUUUUUUUUUUUAAAGCCCUCAAGCUGACAGAGUUCCCCUUCUCUGCUGAAACUUUGCUGUAUAAAAGGGGCGGAGCUUUAGCGGUUUUGUCCGAGCUGGCUGCUUUGCUGAUUUCUGAGCCGGAAACGAUGUGAGCUAGACGGAUAUCACUACGUCGUCUGAAACGAUCGGACUGUAAUAUAAUCUAAUCUACGUAUCAUGUUUAAAAAAACCAGGAUUUUCUGAGCAGCGCUCUUUCACACGGAAGCAGUUUGCCCUCUUCCACAUACUGGAGCACACCGAUGCUCGUGAUUGGUUUGUGUCUCUGUGAUUGACAGAACAGAGAGUGAGAGUAUGCCCGUCCCACCCAGACACAGAGAGAGAGAGAGAGAGAGAGAGAGAGAGAGAGAGAGUAUGCCCGUCCCACCCAGAGAGUGAGGGGGAGAGCGAGAGAGAGAGAGAGAGAGAGUAUGCCCGUCCCACCCAGACAGAGAGAGAGACAGACCGAGAGAGAGAGAGUAUGCCCGUCCCACCCAGACAGAGAGAGAGACAGACCGAGAGAGAGAGAGAGAGUAUGCCCGUCCCACCCAGACAGAGAGAGACAGACCGAGAGAGAGAGAGUAUGCCCGUCCCACCCAGACAGAGAGAGAGCUUGUCUAGCUUUUGAGUCUCUCGCUCCCAGCCGCUGAUGGCUGCGUCAUUGUCGAGAUUCGAACUCCCACUUUCGAAUGGGAUGCGAAAGAACUCGCUCCGGAGUGAAGAGAGAAACGGCGUGUCAUUUUUGUCUCGUUUGUACGUGUUGCAUAGUUUUUCUGCUUCAUAAGCCUCAUGAUUCAAAUAACGACUUCUGGUUGAGGGUACAAAAAAAGCAAAGUCGCAAGGGUGGGUGGGUGUGUGUGUGUGUGUGUGUGUGUGGAGGACGGACCUUCAGCGAGAGUUCUUCGUCUUAAACCCGAGAGAUGAUCUAAACGGGUCUCCGUGACGCUCCGACACGCGCAGCUGGUUUUAAUCUCUGCCUCGAUUCGUUUUGCGUCGGCCGGUUCGGAUUCUCACCGUCGCAUCCAGGAUGGUCACCUUAUUCGUUUGUUUGUUUGUUUGUUUGUUUGUUUUUUUAAACACACAAGUCUACAAAAGAACGUCUGAGGAAAAGCUCUGUAGCGUUUUCUCGGUUCUGCCGCACGUGAGCCGAUCGUGGUUCUCGAUGAAGUAGUUCGCUUGUGCAGCAUCGCCAGCUGUAGGUUUUAGAGCGCUUCCUUCAAGGAAAUAAACAAACCGCUUCAGAUCGUUUCGUUGUCAAUUCCACUUUAUUUAACCACCUCAGUUUUGUGUUUUGUUUUUCCCCCCGCCUAGAAUGUUCUUCUUCCCUUCCUUCCUUCUUUCUUUCAUUGUUUAUUUUUGUUUGUUUGUUUUAAAUGCCAUAAAAUGGAUGUCCAUAUGAGAAACGGCUCCACUGCUAUGCUUUGUAUACUCGCGUGCUGGAAAUAAAAACGGACGCUCGUUGACGUGCGCGUGGCGGCGUUUCUAUCCGCGCUCGGGCCGCGGGGAUAAUACUUCGGAUUUUCACGAGGCAGAGGCCGUACCCCGCCUGAGCCGACGUUCCCUGAAGUAAAACCGAUCCAGGAUCGGUUCUGGGGCCGUUCGUAUCCCGACGCGGUUUGUGGAAAGUUCCGGAGCUGGUCCGAGAUAUCCGGGGGUGGCGUUUCCGCACACGUGAUGAAGAAAAGCAGCGUUUUCCAGCAUCCAAAGAUCUAAACGCGUCUCCGACCGCACCGCUAACAAGAGCGAGAAUACGCAAACGAGCGACCGUUUAGCGCGGUUCUCCCGGCGCACUCGCCCUCUCUGGGUCCUCUUCGUUCUCUCGCAACGGAACGGAAAAUCCGACGGUAAAACACGCUCGGUCACACGCCUCUCCAUCUCCUCCUCUCCUCCUCCUCACCUUCAUCACAUCAUCAACCGGCUUCUCGCGCAUCGAGUCCACGCGUCAGUUUGCCUUCGUACACGUCCGCGUCCCGACACUCUUCUAGUUCCUUUUUAAAAUCACAGCCAUGAAAAGAGAAGAGAAUAAAUAAAUAAACACCACCACCAUUUGUUGAUUUUUACUUUUUUCUUUAUUUUCUUUAUUUGGUCAUAUUUUCUAAGUGUAUUUUCAAUAACGAGAAACUCUUUUCCUCCCGACGCGGGUAUGGUGAUGGUGUGGUCUAAUUGUACCUUUUUUCGGGAAACAAUACUGUAUAUUCUUCUGCCUUUAACAGUCUUAAUUAUUUUACCUUCUGGAGAACUUGAUGGAAGAACAACCCUGUAAGACACAUGGAGUAUGUUUAAAAAAAAAAAAAAAAAAUUAAAAAAAAAAAUUAAAAAUGAAAAAAAAUUAAAAAGCCAAAAAAAUAAUAAUUAAAAAAAAAUACACAGAAUAAUAUUUUGCAACAUGUAUCAUUCCAAUAAAGUUUUAAUUGUUAAAAUGA